AUGCUGUAUCGCAUUGCUAUGUAUCCCAUUCCCGGUACGAGACGUUGGUGUUCGAAUCCAGUCACAUUUCUCUCUCUCUCUCUCUCUCUCUCUCUCUCUCUCUCUAUCUAUCUAUCUAUCUAUCUAUCUUUCUCAUCGUACGAGAAGAGGGGUUCUGCUUCCUCUCUUGCUUUCUCCUUGGGCGAACUGUCCGAUUCCGUAUCUACGUUGUCCUGCAGCAGACUCCCGAUCCGCGAAUCUGAAGACGUUGUACUGCCGCAGUUUUCCCUCGACGUGUUGACACUACGGCGUGGGUGCAGAUCCUUCACUUGGCGGGGUACUCCGUCCACCAAACAAUAUUCCCACCCGCCUGACCACGGUCAGCUUCCUAUAGGCAGUGAACGUGCCAUCGGCGAACGCCUCCUUCGACCGGGCCUCUAUCUGAUUUAUAUCACUUUGGUUGUCUUCAUCCAUCUUCAGGGUCAGUGCACUCCCUCCAGAUACAAUGGCAGCAGGCAUACCACAUCCUCCACAAGCUGA